AUGAGUAGCCAUAGUUAGUUAGAGCAGCUAAAGGCCAUCUGACUCCCAAAGAAUAGAACUGCAACGUACCAUGAACUACCCCUGAUUACCAGAAACAGAGGGCUGAUAAAACAUCACCAGGCGGUUCCUCACAGGGGGGUUGUGCAGUCUACAAGCAAAUUGUACAUAAGAGGAAUUGAAAGAGAUGUAUCAUCAUCAACAACAGCUCCAAAGCCACAACCAACUCUUGCCAUCUAGGCAGAGUUUCCCUUCAGAACGGCACUUGCUUAUGCAAGGAGGAAGUGUUUCAGGGGAAUCAGGGCUUGUUCUCUCAACUGAUGCAAAGCCUAGGUUAAAAUGGACCCCUGAGCUACAUGAGCGAUUUGUGGAGGCAGUAAAUCAACUUGGUGGUCCAGAAAAAGCUACCCCAAAAACAAUCAUGAGGCUCAUGGGCGUCCCUGGAUUAACACUGUAUCAUCUCAAGAGUCAUCUUCAGAAAUACAGACUAAGCAAAAAUCUCCACGCUCAAGCCAAUGCGGGAAAUGUGAAAAAUGCGCUAGUUUGCACCACAGCAACAGAGAAACCAUCUGAAGCAAAUGGAUCACCAGUUAGUCACCUAAACCUGGGAACCCAGACAAACAAAUCUGUGCACAUAGGUGAAGCCCUUCAAAUGCAAAUUGAAGUUCAGAGACGGCUACAUGAGCAACUAGAGGUACAGAGACACCUGCAACUCCGAAUUGAAGCACAAGGAAAGUAUCUACAAUCGGUGCUGGAAAAGGCACAGGAGACACUUGCAAAGCAGAAUGCAGGUUCGGUUGGUCUUGAAACUGCAAAGAUGGAACUGUCAGAAUUGGUCUCCAAAGUAUCAACCGAAUGCCUCCAGCAUGCUUUUUCAGGCUUUGAGAUUGAAAGUUCACAAAUGCUACAAGGGCACACCAUGCAUCUCGGUGAUGGAUCGGUUGACAGCUGUUUAACUGCAUGUGAUGGUUCCCAGAAGGAUCAAGAUAUCCUAUCAAUUAGCCUUUCAGCCCAAAAAGGAAAAGAGAUUGGUUGCAUGUCAUUUGAUAUGCAUGUGAAAGAAAGAGGAAGUGAGGAUUUGUUUCUCGACAAGCUAAACAGAAGGCCUUCAAAUCAUCCAGAAAGGUGUGAGAGGAGAGGUGGCUUUAGUAUGUCAUGCCAGACAGCAAACUUGGAUCUGAACAUGAACGACACUUAUGACGGGCCUAAACACUGCAAGAAAUUUGAUUUAAACGGGUUCAGCUGGGCCUAGGAAAUGAGCACUAACAAUUGCCAUGUCCUUUAGCACUAUCAGUGAGAACAAGUGAAAACAGAUUUUUUCUUCCGAUGAUCAAUGGUAUUGCCAUGCCUUCGAUUGAAAGAUCAACGCCACUUCACAAUUUGACCAUCUCUGCUGUUAUAAAAUGGUAAUUCACUGAAAUAAGUGAUGGAAUUAGCGAUAAGAUGCUUCUUGUGCACCACACAAGUUACCAAUUUGGCCAUGUAGAUCCCAUUCCCGGAGUCGGUAGCAUUUGAGAACUUGGCACUCUCCAUUAUUCUGCCUUACCGUGAUUGUAGUUUGUACCAUAGAAAUAUAACAAAUUUUGUUAAAAAUUCCAUUUGAGCUAAUGAUUACUAGUUACUACUGUCAA